AUGCGAGCCUCUCUGCAGCGCAGCUUCGCCGGCGCUCUGCAAAGUGACAGAAGCGACGCGCCGCCAGUGGAACGGUGUCGCCUGCAUUUCCACCUUGCAGUGUUGCACGCCAUUGUCCUAGAGCGCGUGCGGUAUGCGCCUGUCGGGUGGACGAAGAAAUACGAGUUUUCAGACGCAGACUUCCGUUGUGGACUCAGUGUCCUAGAUACGUGGAUCGCACGGACGUGUGGUGCAAAGAACGGGCAGAGCUUUCCGUCAAACGUGGAUCCGAGUGUUUUACCCUGGGCGGCGAUCCAGCACUUGCUGGUAGAAGUAGUCUACGGCGGACGCAUUGACAACGAUUUCGAUAAGGAGCUGCUGCGCAGUUUCGUAAGCCACCUCUUUUGCGAGCGAGCGUACACACGUGGAUUCCUCUUGAAUAAUUAUGGAAAGCUUGAAGUUCAUUUGUUCUCCGGAGAAGACGUACAAGUAAUCACGCAUUCGUUUUUUGAUUCUAACCUAGAUUCUAUAAUACCUACACACAAGAUAGUCUCUGGGCAUAUUUUCAGAUCGUAGAUAUGUCGUGGAUACAGGUUUCUUUGUUUAUGCUUCAACGUCAACAAAUAGAUGAAAACAACCACUACUACACUGGUGAGUCUCAUCUCCCUCUUCAUAGUUCAGACGAGUCUGUCCCGCUGGCAGCACCAGAGGGCGCACGCAAACUGACGGACUUCGAGGCCUGGGUGGCCCAAAUGGAUGCUAAAGGGUCGCCCGCGUGGCUCGGCUUGUCGGCUCAGGCGGAGAAGAUGCUCCGCGCCCUCGCUGGAUCUAACACACUUGUGCACUGGCUGCAGACCCAGAAUGUCGAAGACACAAGCGGCCCGACGUCAGCAGUCGGCAGUACAGCGAAGGUUAAGUCUAGUCGACAGUCGUUACACUACGCGUAGGCCUACAACUAUCUCGAAGUGAAUCGACCCCCUAGAUGAAGUAUGUCAUUUUGUAUUUUAUCUAGAAUCCGUAGUCAGUGUAGCCACAGGCAUUUGUAAGAGUAAGGGAAACUGAUGUAGAUGCUCACGCUGAAUCUGUAUGCCGGGGACAGCAGUUCUACUAAGAAUCCAAAAGACGGGGAGGCGAAGCAAUCGAAUGCACUGGGGGAGUUGAGACAGAAAGUAGAGCAGAUCUGGAAUGCACUCCCACAGGACAACGCGCUGCGGGAAGGACACUUACCUCCCCAAAGUCGCGGACAAGACGCCGAUCCCAUGUGGCGGUGCUUCCAUCGUGAGUUUUUAGUGGUGUCGGGACUCCUGAUCCGGAUCCUUGGCGAUUUGCAGGCGCUGCGGGAGGUCUGCGAGGGCACCCAGCGAAUGAGCAACGCCUUGCGCUUGGUGUCAAAUAAACUACAAGUCGAUCUUCCGCCCCUUUACUGGUUGAGCGCGUAUCCAAUCAGCAACAAGCUGUCCUCCUUGGAGUUAUGAACGGAGCGGUCUCCAAAUACUAAAAUGGUUAGAUACUUCGCCACAUGGAGCAACAAGAAACAAAUGAGGAUUUCGUUGCCAUGUUGGCGGUCUGAUGGCUGAUUAUCUCAGUAUCUUCAAGGAAGUUGUUUUGGUUUUCCGCAGGCCCCCGCCGGGUACUUACUUGUAAAAAGCAAGUUGUGCUGACCAUUGAUUUUCUAAACCUUUGGGUGCGUGAUUUUCGACGACGGGCUGAGCAACUUGUACAAAUGCUUUCGGGUUCUUCGUCGCUGUCUGACCGAUUAUCUCUGUGGGUAGGCGGCUUGCUUUUCCCCGAAGCCUUUCUGUCAGCAACGCGACAAGCAGUGGCUCAGCGCAAUACAUGGCCGCUAGAGCAACUAGAGCCGCAGGUGGAGCUUCUCGGAGAACGCCAUUAAGAAAUUGCAGUUUUUUUAGCUUUUGCUGUACAGCUCAAUGCGAAGGAUCCAUAACCUAACCUUACCUGUAUACAAACUGCAAGUCUGUAUUUGAAUGGGAACCGUCCCGGAAGUACUGAGAACGGAUUUUUGGUUUGCAUCGUCUCUUCUCCUUGUAGUGCGUCUGUCCACGCUGCGGAUCUAAUCUCAGCAAGUUGCAGACAGUGGAUGCUGUUGGAUAUUAAAGGGGUGCGUUCUUGAAGGUGCCCAUGCUGCCGAAAACCGACUUGAAGUCAGCGACGACCUGUCUCAAGAAAUGCCGCCUUUGCGUCUGCGUUGGGUCCUUAGAGACGAGGCAGAGAACGCAAAAAGCAAGGACAAAGUUAGGCUACGAAAAUUACAUCCCCGCCAAGCGGAUUUGUUGAAGGGAAAUCAUGGUUCUAGAAGGCAGAGGUAGAAAUAGAUUUAGAGAUAAAUUUAGCUUUAGAAGUAGGGUGAGAAAGAGGACAUCAAAUGAAAAGCCAAAGCUGCUGCAGCUAAGAAGCUAGAUGUGAAUGAAACGGGUUACAACAGGUUGGCUGGCCUUUCCACUCUACUUUUAUCGUAUCAUGAGCUCCAGUACUACUUACAAGAACUACUUCUACCUCUAACAAAAGCAAAGCCCAGCAGGGACUCUCGCUGUGGCAGAUUCCGGUUUACCUCAACAGCGAGCGCGCACAGCUAGUGACUUCGCAGCUCUUCCUCGCUGCACAGGGCGCGGAAGCGGUCUGCCGGCAGCGUGGUGCGGCGAUCAUCUUUUGGAAUUGUUGAUUAUAAUCUUGUUAAUACUGAGGCAUCAAUGAGCAAGGAAAUCGUAGUGAAUUGGGUAUCGUUUUAUUCGUUUUCUACAACACGACAUUCACAUGAAAGCUUCUACACAUGUUUUUCCACGGCUUCAAUCAAUGAUUUCUUUUUCUGUAACCUAAAUCAAAUACAAAGAAAUACAACAAGAAGUCUACACCUAUGACUCUUGCACACUCGAACCUCGCCAAGAAUUGAUAUAACUGCUCAAUGCUUGGUGAAGUUUCCUUUUCUAAGCAGGUUUUGAUAAAUAUGAUAUUAACCAUAUUUUGAUUUUUACUUAUAAAUUGCUAGUGUGAUUGUUUCAUGUAGUCAAAAAGUUAGAUCGNGGGGGGGGGGGGGGGCCUCCCGCCCCGAGCCCUGGAACAUACAUAGAUACCAAGUAGUUUGUGAAUAAGAUGGGUCGCCGUGAUCAUCGUGGGCCAUUGAUUUCCCUGGAUCAUUAGACACCAGUGGGGGAUUUCGUCACCAGCGAUACUCGAAUGAUCAUUAGAGGUAGUGGCAGUGGUCCAUCUCGACGCCAGGGUCAGCGCUUUUUAGGAGCAUAUUAGACUUCUAAGAAAUGUUUAUGUUGUUGUUGUAUCUAAAAUGAAUGACCUUGUUUGAGAUUGGGAUGCUUUGGGGGGUGACAGCAUUAGUUUCCUCGUCGACGGUAAUAAGACUACUAGAUUUCGUCGCAGCUAUGAAUUAUUUGAAUGAUAAAGCAAGGCGGGUUCAUUGUCCGCGGGAGAUUUUCUAUCUCAUUGAUAUGAUGCCAUUGUUUUCUCG